CGCCCGGGCCGCCCUCCGCGCUCCGCCCCCUUCCGGCGGGGGGCGGAGCCGGCGCCGCCCGAGCGCGGCCCCCUCCCCCCCAACAUGGAGGGCUGGCGAGGAGCCUGGUAUGUGCCAUGUCUAGCUUCACUUGAGACCCUCCAAGAAUUAUGUAGGAAGGAAAAUCUCACAUGUAAAGCCAUUGGAAUCACCAACAGGAGUCUAAAGAGUUAUGAGGUGGAAUAUUUGUGUGACUACAAGGUAGAAGAGGGCAAAGGAUACUAUCUUGUGAAAUGGAAAGGAUGGCCAGAAUCUUCAAAUACUUGGGAACCUCUGAAGCAUCUGAACUGCCCUCUGCUUAUUCAGAACUUUCUUAGAGACAAAAGUGAAUACUUGUCUCGGGGGAGAGGAGGCAAAGCAAUGAAACUGAGAAACCAUGUCAAAACUUUGAAACCUGCAAUUGCAGAUUAUAUUGUAAAGAAGGCUAAACAAAGAAUAGCUCUGCAGAGGUGGAAAGAAGAGCUCAACAGGAAAAAGAAUCACAAAGCAAUGAUUCUGGUAGAAAACACCGUGGACCUUGAAGGCCCUCCUUUAGACUUCUACUACAUCAAUGAGUAUAAACCUGCUCCAGGAAUAAAUGUGCUCAAUGGAAUAACAACUGGCUGUGAAUGUGCUGACUGCCCUGCUGAGAAGUGCUGUCCAAAGGAGGCUGGGUUUAUUUUGGCUUACAAUAAACGUAAGAAAUUGAAAAUCCAGCCUGGCUUGCCCAUCUAUGAGUGCAAUUCAUAUUGUAGGUGUGGGCCUGACUGCCCCAAUAGGAUUGUGCAGAAAGGAACCCCAUAUUCCCUCUGCAUCUUCAGAACCAACAAUGGCCGUGGCUGGGGAGUAAAAACCCUCCAGAAAAUUAAAACCAACAGUUUUGUGAUGGAGUAUGUUGGAGAGGUGAUUACAAGUGAGGAAGCAGAGAGGCGAGGCCAGUUCUAUGACAACCAGGGAAAUACAUACUUGUUUGAUUUGGACUAUGACUCAGAUGAAUUUACAGUAGAUGCAGCUCGAUAUGGAAACGUGUCCCACUUUGUGAACCACAGUUGUGAUCCAAAUCUUCAAGUCUUCAAUGUGUUUAUUGAUAACCUCGACUUGCGUCUUCCUCGGAUAGCGCUGUUCUCUACCCGAACCAUCAAGGCUGGAGAAGAGCUGACCUUUGACUAUCAGAUGAAAGGUUCAAUAGAUCUGACUUCAGACUCUGCUGAAGGUCUUAGCCCACCCAAAAAGAGCAUCAGAACUGUCUGUAAAUGUGGAGCCAUGUGUUGCAGAGGUUAUCUCAACUGAGUUCGGGUAUCCAAAGUCACAAAUAUUUUGUUCUUUUUUAAUGUGUUUUCAGAAGACUCUUCUUUCACACAUAUAUUCAAGUAUUCUUACAUCUAGUCUAAAUAAGGAUGGUAAAAACAAGGUAUUGUGUUGGUAAUUGAAAUGGCAUUGGCCAAAGAAAGAGAUUGUAGUGUUUCAAGCCAAUACUGAACUGCUAAUGGGGAUUAAAAAUUCAUUUUUCUGGAGCAGUUGUUUAGGAAGCCGUAAAAUGUAUGCAAAGAAAACUCGAAAAUGUACCUUAAUUUGAGUAUUCCUAGAAUCACAGAAUAAACUGGAUUGGAAGGGACCCUCAAGGGUCAUUGUGUCCAAGUCUUAGUCCUGCAUAGAACACCCCCAAGAGUCACCCCAUGUGCGUGAGAGCGUUGUCCAAACACUUCUUGAACUCUGCCAGGCUUGGUGCUGUGACCACUGCCCUGGGGAGCCUCUUCCAGUGCCCAACCACCCUCUGGCUGAAGAACCUUUUCCUAAUAUCCCAUCUAAACCUCCUGUGACUCAGCUUCAAGCUACAUGUUUUCUAUAUCUUGAGAAGUCAGGAGGCAUUUGAUUUGAAUUCUAAAUCUUAGUUGACAGUUCUUUUGCCGUUUUGUUAUAUAAAGAAAAGCUUGAAGAUCUUAGCAAUAACAUUUAUGGCACCAGGGUGAGGGAUUAAGGAGAGCCAGUGUGUAAAUAAAGGUUCACAGGAGUGCAAAUCGUGAAAUGUCCAUGGAACUCCAUGCAAAGGAAGUAAUUGCAGAAAGAAAAUUAGAGAGGCCAAAGCUCAGUUAAAACUUAACCUAGCUACUUCUUUAAAGGAUAGUAAAAAAUGUUUUUAUAAAUACAUUCAUAGCAAAAGGAAGGGCAAGGAAAAACUCCAUUUAUUGUUGGACAUGGUGAGGGAAUAUGGUCACCAAAGAUGAGGACAAGGCUGAGGUACUUAACUUAUACCUUCUUUGCCUCAGUUUUCAACAUUAAGACAGUUGUUUCAUCCUCAGGACUACCGGCCUCCUGAGCUGGAGUAGAAUAGUCCCUUGUAAUCCAGGAGGAAGCAGUUAGAGGCUUGCUGAGUCACUUAGAUGCUCCUAAGUCCAUGGGAUCCCUCCUAGGAUGAUAAGGAAGCUGGCAGAUGAGCUCACCAAGCCACUCCAUCAUGUACCUGGAGAAAAGGAGGCUCAGGGCUGACUUCAUCUCUCUCUGCAACUCCCUGACAGGAGGGUGUAGCCAGGUGAGGGUCAGUAUCCCAGGGAUCCAGCAACAGGACAAGGAGAUGUCUCAAGGUGUGCUGGGGGGUGGUUAGGUUGGAUAUUAGGAAAAAUUUCUUCACAGAAGGCAUGAUUGGACACUGGAAUGAGCUGCUCAGAGAGGAGCAUCCUGAAGGUUUUAAAAAAGGG